CACAAACCUUACCCAUCAUCGUCGCCGACAAAACCGUCUCCCGAGUUUGGCAUUUUCUCUUCCUGAAUUAUGGACUGGCAAGAUCAGAUUGCCUUUCUUCCAGACCCGGAUCCGCCGCUGAGAGCGGAUGAUGAUUGGCCGGAUCUUGCUCCCGACGCCAUCAAUCAGGCCAUGCAUCCCCAAAAUGAGACUUAUCGGUUGGAUGCAUUUAAAUACUCAAACCAAUACAUGGAUCCAAUCCAUUAUCCCGCCCCGCAUCCCUUCGAUUCCCGCGGAGAAAGAUUCUUUCGCUUCGUAUAUGAUCCGCAACCCCCAAAUCCAAUGCAGCCUGCCCAGCGGCCAGUCCACCACCAUGCUCAGCCGAUGCAGCCAUCUCGCCGCCCAGCUCAGAGGCCAUCUCACCGCCCAGCUCAGAGGCCAGCUCAGCCGAUGCCGCCAUCUCACCGCCCAGCUCAGAGGCCAUCUCACCGCCCAGCUCAGAUGCCAGCUCAGCCGCCUUCUCCUAAGGGUCAGUUUGCCAAUACGAGGGAUGGUGCUAUCAUUAUUGGAGAUGAAUUAGACACGCGGGUGCUGUCUGGUUUUGAUACAGGAAUUUACCCUUGGUAUGACAUGAGUGGUAUAUCUGCCAAAGCAAUAGAGACGGUGAGGAAUGUUCAGCAGGCAGACUGA